AUGGUUUCUGGUGGUCUCCUUUACUUAUCUCUGUCCUUCUUGUCUGGGGCGAUUGUAAGCUUCUCGGUUGAUUCAAGACCUCGGGUGACAUGGCUGAUGUCUCUGCGAGACAAGAUGCUGGUUGACGGCUUGACAGUGCAGAAAAGCGUCAGAGAGCAAUCGGAAAUCGUAUGGGAUCUCGACAAGCCGGCACAGAACACAAAGAGUCUGCGGAACAAGUUGUGGUACGCAAGGCACACAAACUCCUCCCUGAACAGCCAUGGCCUCAAUCGCACGUCUUCCCGCUCAACCAGCGGUGGCAUUGACUCCCUCCUGCAUUUCGACGACCCGAGACGGAGAUCAUCGCCGAUGACCAUCGCUGCUGACGUCAUCAACUUCAUGUUUGUACUUCCCCUCCUCUACCUUGUCUUCCGAAGAAGCCUCCGCCUCCAGCCUCCGAGCCCCUCAGGGUUCAGCAACGCCCCAGUUACCAAGGGACUCGUCGGCUACUGUGCCAUGUCGAUGAUCUACGUGGCUCUCAGUGGGGCUGACACAGGAUUGUCGAUUGACGUGUGGAAGUUGGGAAUCGGAAGAAUGUUGAUCAACUUGAUGUCGUUUGUGUUAUACUUUCCUUCAUGGUGGCAAUCCUUGUGCGGGAUCUUUCUGUUCUAUCGCUUCCGGCAGUUUGAGAGACAUUGGGGGGCGAGCAAGAUAAGUAGCCUCCUCUCUAUCGCCUUGGUUGUAUUGGGAAGAGAUGGUUUCCUGCAGGAAGUUGCUUGCGGACCAUACGGGAUUCUGAUCAUGGGGUUUCGGUUGUCGGACAAAUCACUCACAUACCUAGUGGCCCUGCAUCUACUGCUUUUCCGCGUCCCUGGAACGUUGGCAGCGUCAGUGACAGGGAUUGUGAGCGAGAAGGAGGGCAGAGAAGGGAUGAGGAAUGACCUUGUCACAGAUAGCAGGAUGGUUGUACAGCAGAGAGGAGUUUGGCCUACGAAGAUGGAGGACUCAUCCAGUAAUCAUCAGAUAUGUGAGAGUGGUCUUCCUCCCACUCUUGGAGCCUCUGGUUCCCUCUACUCCUCCUCAUCCCCUCCUAUGCUCUCUGAUCCUCUUCGCUCCCAGCGCAAUCCAGUCGCUAGUCAUCCGCAAGUGGGAGGGGCAGGGUCCUGGAGGGAGAGAAGGCAAAGGCAGUUGCAGCAGAGGAGGCAGGAUGCGGAGGAGGAGCCGCUCGAUCGAUCUGCGGGGACAAGAGACCGGUGGGCCCCUCCGAGCAUGCAGCAUGGCGGGCUGGACGAGAUCGAAGAAGCUCCGGUGAAUGGUGAGCUCUGA